AAACCCAAUUAAUUAUACAAUCUCUCUUAAUAUUCUCAGUAACAUAAAGAAAUAGUCAUCCAACUCAUAUCCACUCCACACUUAUCCCAACAAUAUAUUUUUUCUUUCUGAAAUUCAGUGAUGAAAGUAGUUGAGAGUGCAGAACUUUGUCCUGGAAGCUGGUAAGUGCUAACAUCUUACAUUCCAAUGGCAGAGAAGCUUACUAUCCCUCUGAUCUCAUCCUCAUACUCCUCUUCACCGUCACCCUCCCCCUCUCACUCCCCGAUAACUCCUCUCUUCCAAGACCUCUUUUUUACGCCGAAUUCCACUCCUCCGCACCUGCACCUGACUCAUUCUCCACCUCCUGAACACCACACCGUUCCCCUCUCCAACCGCCGCAAUCCUUCUUCAACUCAUCGCCUUUCCCCUCUGGCUCAUCGAAUUCUCGAAACUUUGAUUCACCCUUCUUUCGAUUCCACUCGCUUACCCCAAAUUCUGCACCCUUUACUCCAACAACCCAGUAGGGACUCCUUGGCUUCGGACAUUUUGGGCAUAAUCAAGGGUUUAGGGUUUUACAGCGAAUUUGGGCUUGCAUUGAGUGUGUUUGACUGGGUUCAUAGCAGGCACGAUUGCGUUUCGCUUUUAAAUGGUUCCUUUCUUGUUGCUGGGAUUGUCAACAUUCUCGGUAAAGCGGGUCGGGUCUCUUCUGCGGCUUCGUUGCUAAACAAGCUUGAAAACGAUGGCGUUAAGGUCGAUGCUCAUACUUAUACUUCUUUGAUAAUUGCUUAUGCUAAUAAUAAGAGGUAUAGGGAGGCCUUGAAUCUUUUUAAGAAGAUGGAACAAAUGGGGUGUGAGCCUAAUUUAAUUACGUAUAAUGCCGUUUUGAAUGUUUAUGGGAAGAUGGGCAUGCCUUGGACUAAGAUUAUUGAUCUUGUUGAGAGCAUGAAAGCCCGUGGUCUUGUCCCGGAUUUGUGCACUUAUAAUACCCUCAUAAGUUGUUGUCGCCCGGGGUCUUUGUAUGAGGAAGCUCUUGAGAUUUUUAAUGAGAUUAAGUUAGCUGGAUUUAUGCCUGACAUGGUUACUUACAAUGCGUUGUUGGAUGUUUAUGGCAAGUCCAGGCGGCCCAAGGAAGCCAUGGAUGUUCUGAGACAGAUGGAAAGUGAUGGCUUUCCUCCUGACAUAGUGACCUACACUUCGUUGAUAUCGGCAUACGCCAGAGUUGGUUUGUUGGAGGAAGCACUGGAACUUAAAACCCAAAUGGUGGAGAAAGGGAUCAAACCUGAUGUUUACACCUAUACCACCCUUUUGUCAGCAUUUGUGAAGGCUAAAAAAGAUGAGCUAGCAAUGGAAGUUUUUGAAGAAAUGAGAGCUGCUGGUUGCAAGCCUAAUAUAUGUACCUUCAAUGCCCUGAUUAAGAUGUAUGGUGACCGAGGAAAGUUUGCGGAAAUGGAGAAAGUUUUUAAGGAGAUCAGAGUAUGCAAUUAUUCCCCUGACAUAGUUACUUGGAACACGCUUUUGGCUAUAUUUGGACAAAAUGGAUUGGACUCUGAAGUAUCAGGAGUAUUUAAAGAAAUGAAGAGAGCGGGGUUCGUGCCGGAGAGGGAAACCUUUAACACGCUAAUAAGUGCAUACAGCAGGUGUGGUUCCUUUGACCAAGCUAUGGCUAUUUAUCAGAGAACGCUAGAAGCUGGAGUGACUCCUGAUCUUUCUACCUAUAAUGCUGUUUUAGCAGCAUUGGCCCGAGGAGGGCUUUGGGAGAAAUCGGAGAAAGUUCUUGCCGAAAUGAAGGAUGGUCAAUGUAAACCUAAUGAGGUAACAUACUCUUCUCUGCUUCAUGCCUAUGCCAAUGCUAAGGAGAUUGAAAGGAUGAAUGCUCUUGCAGAGAAGAUAUACUCUGGUGCAAUUAAACCACAUGCUGUUCUUUUGAAGACUCUUGUUCUAGUAAACAGCAAGAUUGAUCUCCUAGUAGAAACAGAACGUGCCUUUUUCGAGCUGAGAAGCAGAGCGAUUUCACCUGACAUGACUACUCUUAAUGCGAUGCUUUCAAUAUAUGGGAGGAAGAAGAUGGAAGACAAAACCAAAGAGAUUUUGAACUUUAUGUAUGAGAGUGGAUUUACUCUGAGUCUGUCUAUGUAUAAUAGCUUGAUGUACAUGUAUAGCCGCUCUGAAGACUUCCAAAAAUCUGAGAAGAUCUUGAGGGAAAUUGUGGAGAAGGGUAUCAAGCCUGAUAUAGUCUCAUACAAUACUGUCAUUUAUGCAUACUGCAGAAAUGGCAGGAUGGUGGAGGCGAAAAGGAUAUUUAAAGAAAUGAAAGACCCUGCGCCUGUUCCCGAUGCUGUAACAUACAACACAUUUGUAGCAACUUACGCUGCCAAUUCAAUGUUUGCAGAGGCUAUUGAUGUGGUUCGGCAGAUGAUGAAGCAGGGAUGUAAGCCAAACCAAAAGACUUACAACGCCAUAGUUGAUUGGUACUGUAAGCUUAAUUUGCGAGAUGAGGCAAACAGUUUUGCUCAAAACCUUGGCAACCUGGAUCCGCAUAUAAGCGAGGAGGAUAAAUGCAGGUUACUAGAGCGCAUUGCGAAGAAAUAAAUGCAGGUCGAGUUGGUCUAUGAUUCUCUAGAGAAUGCUUCUUCAGUCAAUUUUGAAGAUCAAUACUGUCUGGUGUCUAGAGUACAAACAAGAAUGAAUUCAAGAAUAAAAACAUCUGCAGCUGGGGGCUUUUAGUAGUAUGAUUUUGGUGAUUUAUUGUUUGCUAGCAAUAAAUGACAUUUUUUGAAUUCAUGCAAGCAUGGCUCAUGAGUGCUGUUUGUCAAAAGAUUGAACUAAUAGCGUUGUCUUAGUGAGUGGUACUCAAGUUUUGAACAAAGUCUAAACAUUUAUGGAGAAAAUCAGUUGCAAUUAAGCGCUUGA